AUGCGUAUCAGAUACCCCUUUGCUGGGGCCUUCUUUGUUCUUCUUUUACUCUCUGCUUAUAUUGGCCUUACUCCCCACAGCCAGCCGGGCGAUGGCACGCCCAAAAUCCCCGCGUCCCUGCAGCCUAACGACAAAUUCCUCCAUUUCGUUACCUUCUUUGCCCUUUCGAUCGCGUUCUACUGGAUCCUGGAUACAUCCCGACGGCGGGUACUACACUUAACCGUCUUUGUCUGCACGCUAGCUCUAGGAGUUGGCUCCGAAAUUGUGCAGUCAGUCAUUCCCAAUGGCCGAUCGUUCGAUCCAUUCGACAUCCUUGCCAAUAUCGUCGGGAGCCUGGGUGCAGUGGGACUUUGCACAUGGUAUCAUAAACGGAUGCUGGAGCGGAAAAGGAAAGCUCGUUUCGGCGGCCCAAUGAACGACGGAGAGCGGGAGGAGGAUAUUGAAUUAGGGGCUUCUUCCAGUCAUGGCGGCGCCCUUGGUCCGCAAGAGACCGGCGUGACGGCGAGCCGAAGUCUCGAGCAGGAAGUUGAUGACUGGGAUGAAAAUGCGGUGGAUAAUUGGGAAGAAGAGGAAGGGGAGGCAGCCCAUAACACCCCGAGCGGAACCGAAGAUGUGUCCACAGCAUCUCUAGCGAAAGAUGACGUGAAAUUACGAAGCGAUUGA